AUGGAAGAACAACUAUUGCAAUCUAUUUUGGCGCAACAAGCCAGGUUGUUGGAGCAGUUGGUGGCAAUCGCAAAGCCAUCCGGAGGGGCAAGUACAAGCAGUGAUGGUGUUAUGGAUAUGCUGUCCAAGUGCAUAAAGGAGUUUGUAUAUAAUCCGGAGGCAAACCAAACGUUCGAGAAUUGGUACGCACGCUAUGAUCAUCUUUUCGGCGAAGAUGCAAAUAAACUCGCUGACGCCGAAAAAGUGAAAUUGGUGUUGCGGAAGCUGGAACCGGAGGUUUUUGACAAAUAUGCCGACUAUUUGCUACCAAAAGUGCCUCGAGACUUGAACUUUGAGACAACAGUGUCCACUCUCAAAACACUGUUUGGAAGAAGAGAGUCACUUUUCAGUUCACGGGUCGCAUGUAUGCAGUUUACAAAGACAACACAAAUGGAUUUCUUCACAUAUGGUGCCAUGGUAAACCGAAAUUGUGACAAUUUCGAAUUUGGCAAACUGACGGAGAAUCAAUUUAAGUGCUUGAUGUUUCUGCGAGGACUUCAAGCACCAGAAGAUGCUGAUGUUAGAGCCCGCCUAUUGCACUUUCUAGAAGGAAACACUGAAGACACGGUUACCAUUGACAAAAUGGUGUCAGAGGUAAAUCGUAUGCUCAGCUUGAGGAAAGAUGCCGCCGUGGUAGAACAAAAUGUCGUCCAUACAGUCAAACGCAAUCACAAACAGCACAAAGUUAAGCAGCAGAGCAGCGCAGCACCCAGUGAAAAACCGCGACGUCCAUGUUGGCAGUGUGGCGAAAUGCACUUCGCUAAAAACUGCAGCUACAGCAAACACUUGUGUGAGCAGUGUGGCAUCGUAGGUCACAAAGAAGGCUACUGUUCUUGUUUCGCUGCAACAUCAAAACAGCGCAGCGAGAAGAAAAGCAAAAAGAAGCAAAAGCACGUCAGCGUCAAAAUUAAUGGCGUCAAGCAGCGCUUGCAGUUCGACACUGGUGCAGACAUAACAAUAAUUUCGCGCCGAAUGUGGAUGCAAAUAAACAAGCCAACGCUACUGAAACCAGCUCAUAUUGCCAGAGACGCAUCAGACCAUGUACUGAACCUUUUGGGCCAGUGUGAAGUGGAGGUUGAAUUUAAAGGCAAGUCAAUUAAAGCAACAAUUUUUGUGACCCCAAACAACAAGUUGAACGUUAUGGGUACUGACCUAAUGGACAAACUUGGUAUCUGGAGCUUGCCUAUCGACACAAUUUGCAACACAAUUUCAACGUCGGAAAUCGAAAAUAUCAAAAGCAAAUAUCCAUCGAUAUUUUCCACACAACCUGGACACUGCUCAACUUUCAAGGUCAAUUUGAAAAUCAAACAAGACUCACAACCCGUCUUCAAACCAAAACGACCCGUCGCUUAUGCCGCUUUACAACAAGUAGAUGAGGAACUCCAACGCCUGGAGCAGGCAAAUAUCAUCACACCUGUAAGUUACUCCAGAUGGGCAGCACCUAUUGUUGUUGUAAAGAGGUCAAACGGUAAAGUUCGCAUAUGUGGUGAUUAUUCCACUGGAUUGAAUGAGUGUAUGGAACCUCACACCUACCCAUUGCCGUUACCUGAUGACAUUUUUAUCAACUUCAACAAUUGCCAAUUUUUCACACAAAUUGAUUUGACGGAUGCUUACAUGCAACUGGAAGUCGAUGAUGCCACCAAAGAGAUUCUCACCAUCAACACGCACCGAGGUCUCUACACAUUCAACCGACUUGCACCAGGGAUCAAAUCCGCACCAGGGGCAUUCCAACAGGCAAUUGACACAAUUUUAUCUGGAGUUAAGUUUGCACAUCCCUAUCUUGAUGACGUCAUCAUUGCAACGCCAUCAAAAGAGGAAAAUCAACACGCAGUCGAUGAAGUUUUCCAGCGGUUCCAAAGUUGCACCUAUCUUGGAUAUAAGGUCGAUGGCACUGGAAUUCGUCCUGACCCUUUGAAGAUUUCCGCCAUUUUGAAAAUGCCAGCCCCAACAAAUGUUUCAGAGCUUCGAUCUUUCCUGGGUGCAGUAAACUACUACGGGAAAUUCAUACGGAAAAUGCGCAACUUAAGAGCACCAAUGGACGACUUGCUAAAAGUGGACCGUGAAUGGAAGUGGAGUAAGGCCUGUGAAGACUCCUUCCAGGAAUUCAAAAACAUCCUGGGUUCCCAACUGAUGCUGACUCAUUAUGACCCAAGACUCCCAAUCAAAGUUGCAGCAGAUGCAUCGAAUGUAGGCAUUGGCGCCUAUAUUUGCCACGUUUUCCCCGAUGGUGGCGAGAAGGCCGUGUAUCAUGUGUCACGUUCUUUGACACCAGCAGAGCGGAAUUAUUCGCAAAUCGAGAAGGAGGGUUUAGCCUUGGUUUUUGCCGUAAGCAAAUUUCACAAAAUGCUGUAUGGUCGUCGUUUCAAGCUUGGAACCGAUCAUAAACCGUUAUUAGCGAUUUUUGGAAGCAAAAAGGGUAUAGCAACGCACACAGCCAGUCGACUACAACGUUGGGCUUUAACUUUAAUGUCCUACGACUUUGAGUUGAGCUAUACCCCAACACAGAAAUUUGGUUGCGCAGAUAUUUUAUCCAGGCUAAUCAACAAAAACGAAAAACCCGAAGAAGACGUCGUGAUUGCAUGUGCUCAAAUGGAAGCUGAGAUCAAAUAUAUUGUUCAGGACACUAUCACAGCAUUGCCCAUCACACACAAUAUGAUCCGCUCAGCUACAUCAAAUGAUAAUACGCUUCAAAACAUCGUCAAGUAUCUACAAAAUUCCUGGCCAGACACGAAGACCCCCGAAGAGCUUGUUUUUUUCCAACGCCGUGAAGGUUUGUCAGCAUGUGAUGGUUGUGUUCUAUACCAAGAUAGAAUGGUCAUCCCCAAGACUCUGCGGCAGCGUAUACUAAAACAACUACACAAAGGACACCAAGGUAUUGUUCGCACGAAAUCAUUGGCACGAAGCUACGUGUACUGGCCGAAUAUUGACAAGGAUAUAGAAGACAUAAUCAAAAGAUGCGAUGUAUGUGCCUCAACAGCUAAAUCACCACCACGAACAACACUGCAUUCGUGGCCCAUUGCUACAAGACCCAUGCAACGCAUUCAUAUUGAUUUCGCUGGUCCAGUGAAUCAGUCAACAUAUCUUUUGAUCAUUGAUGCCUUCUCCAAGUACCCUGAAGUCUACCCAAUGAAGUCGAUGACGUCGUCAUCAACAAUAGAGUGUCUCAGGGACUAUUGUUCCAAAUUUGGGUUCCCAGAAUCAUUGGUGAGUGAUAAUGGUACUCAAUUUACUUCACAAGAGUUUGUUUUGUUUUGUAGUGAAAACGGCAUUGAGCAUAUUCGCACCGCCCCAUUCCACCCGCAAUCAAAUGGUCAAGUUGAGCGUUUUGUUGACACUUUUAAACGUGCUUUAAAGAAACACCAAAACAGUCUCAAAGGCAUACGAGAAUUUCUCCUCUACUACAGAGCAACCGACAACAAUAACACACCUGGAGGUAAAUCUCCUUCAGAACUUUUCCUGGGGAGGAAAGUGAGAAUAAAUUUAGAUUUGCUGUUUAAGCCCAAAGAAGACGUACUCCUGCGCAAUGAUAAGAUGGAAGCGCAAUACAAUCGGAAGUUCAAUACAAAAUCCAGACACUUUGCAAUUGGUGCUGAAGUCUAUGCAAAGGUGUACAAACACAACAAAUUCUUCUGGGCACCUGCAAUAGUCAAGAAGCAAAUUGGUAAAGUGAACUAUGAAGUGGAAAUAAAGGUGUUCCCUUAUUUCAAGAUGAUGAAAUCGCAUGCAAAUCAGCUUCGUACGCGACACAACGACACAUCAACAAGCAAUACCCCUUGGUUUGACAUGUUUGAGAUAUGUCCACCGCCUCGCAAUACACGUCCAUCAUCUGAAAUAGCAUCAACAUCUACAUCUACUCUUGACCCACCGGCAUCAACUUUGCAACGACCAAGUGAAUCUUCCAGUGACCCUUCAACACCUACACAACCUUCACCUACACACCCUUCAACAUCAGUCCGUCGUUCCAGCCGUGUCAGACGUGCACCUCAACGUUUCAGGGACUACACAUCCUAA